AUGCAGGCCGCAAAGGAAAAGCUUAGCAAUCUGGCCAGCUCGGCCAAGGAGCACGUCAAUAUCUACAAAGCCAAAGUACAAGAAAAGUUGGAGAGAGCAAAAGCUAGGAAUAAGGAAGAGAAGAAGAUGGUGAGAGAGCGUCGGAAAGUGAAGGAGGCGAGUGCAAAGAUGGAGCUGCAUAAAGCUAAAGCCAGGCAUGCAGAGAAGAAAUUAGGUGCCAAACUAUCUCAUGGGCAUGGGAUAUUCAACUAUCACCACCCACCACCAGCACCACUUCAUAAUCAUCAACAUCAACAUGGGCACCAGCAUCUGGGAACAACUAAUAUGAUCCCUUCAAAUCCGCAUGUGUAGCUAGAGUUCUGGUUCUUCAAUAUUAAUAAUGUCUAGCUGCAGCUUGUGAUAUGCAGAUAUGCAUUUGCCAUAUGUUAUAACAAAGAAGUGGAAUUUGAGGUGUACAUUAUGUAUUCUGACAUAUUCUGAUACAUUAGCAAGUGGAAUAAUUUCUAUUUAUCGAUUCUAAAGUUGCUCAUUGGCCGGGUGCUUUCGAUUUGCGAGGUGGAUUCGGAUAAGUCGAUGUGCAUGUAUGAUUUCAUCAGGUCGAGUUCAACCAAUGUCUGAACUAGUACUUAUUAUCAGUUAUCUGCAAGUGAAACCAUAUGAAUGUAUGAGAUUUACUCUGCCUGGUGAUUUUGGCACCAUGUCAAAUGUUCAAAAUGUUCCCCAAUCGUCUAAGCUAUCACCAAUCCUGCAUAAUGCUAUUAUGUUUAACCUAAUAAUAGUCAGAGAACAUAGAUAUUAGACACUACAGUGGAGUUGGAAAAUGAAAAAGAGGCCAUGAGCAAGGGAUUAGAAGGAGAUCUUCCACAAACUCAUGUUCCUAGUUUGUUAGCAUCAGAAAAGCAGGCAACAGUUAUCUGGACAAAAUUGAUUCACAAAUAACAGAUCAUGUAACACACUGGAGAAGUGAAAAAUAAAGUUUAGGCUUUUCGUAAGGAUUGCCAC